GCAACGUGUGUAGACGUAUUGUGACUGCGGUGAUCUCCAAUCAGAAUAUUGUUCGCAGAUGUCGUCAAGAUGAGUGCCUUAAUAUUUUUAGUUAUCAUUCUAAUUGGAUUUAUCAUAUACUCUCUGUUAAAUUCAAUAAGACGUCCUCACAAUUUUCCGCCGGGACCUGGUUUCUUGCCGUGGCUGGGCAAUACACUGCAGUUCCGCAGGGAGGCUCGAGCAGCUGGUGGUCAGCACAUACUAUUUGAGCAGUGGGCGAAGCGCUAUCAGAGUCCGCUCAUCGGGCUAAAGUUGGGACAGGACUAUGUGGUCGUGGCGCUGGGGCAUGAGCUGGUGCGUGAGGUGCAGCUGCAGGAGGUGUUCGAGGGUAGACCGGACAACUUCUUUCUGCGCCUGCGCACCAUGGGCACACGUAAGGGCAUCACGUGCACGGAUGGGCAACUGUGGUACGAACAUCGCAACUUUGCCAUGAAACAGAUGCGCCAUGUUGGCUAUGGCCGCAGCCAAAUGGAACAGCAAAUAGAGCAUGAGGCAGAGGAGCUGAUGCAGCAACUCGCACGGACUGAGGCGGCGCCUAUAGAGCCCGUCAAUUGGUUGGCUCAAAGUGUGCUUAAUGUACUCUGGUGCCUGAUUGCUGGGGAGAGAAUCAGUAGAGAUGAGGAUGGCACGCUGCGUCGCUUGCUUGAACUGAUGAAUCGCCGAUCUAAGCUGUUCGAUAUCUGCGGUGGCCUAUUGACACAGUUUCCCUGGCUGCGUCAUGUUGCGCCCAACUACACGGGGUACAAUCUGAUCCGGCAGCUGAACACAGAGCUGCAUGGCUUCUUCAUGGAAUCCAUCAAGGAGCACAGGCAACGAAUAGAGGAAUGCAAGAAGCGUGGGGAGCAGCCACCCGAGAGUGAUCUCAUCUUUGCCUAUCUGCAGGAGAUGAACAGCCAGCGCCAGGACACCGAUAGCUUUAAUGAGACGCAGCUGGUUAUGACAAUACUUGACUUUUUUAUUGCCGGCUCACAGACAACCAGCAAUACGAUCAACUUGGCUUUGAUGGUGCUGGCGAUGCGCAAGGAUCUGCAGGAUCAGCUGUACGAUGAAGUAGCUGCAAAUUUGCACUCUACUGACAGCAAAACGGACUCCUUUCCACAUCUCAGUCGGCGCGAAUCUUUCUACUACAUGGAAGCCUUCAUCAUGGAGGUGCAGCGCUUCUUUCACAUUACGCCCAUAACAGGGCCGAGACGUGCGCUCUGGAACACCAAGCUCGGUGGCUUCGAUAUACCCAGGAAUGCCACGAUACUCAUUAGCUUGCGUUCAGUGCAUCUCGAUGAGCAGCAUUGGAGUGACCCACACGAGUUUCGACCGGAGCGUUUCAUUGAUGCAGAUGGCAAGUGUUGCAAGGACGAAUAUUUUAUGCCUUUCGGACUGGGUCGACGCCGUUGCUUAGGUGAUGCCUUGGCACGCGCCUGCAUCUUUUCUUUUCUUGUGCGGAUCGUUCAGCAAUUUCGUGUUGUCCUUCCAGAAGGCGAAACACCAUCAUUAAUCUUGCAACCUGGCAUUACACUUACUCCCAAGCCGUACAAAGUUCAGUUUGUGAAGCGCAAUUGA